CGUGUUUACCAUAAAAAAUACAAUAUAUCAACAUUUAUGGAUUAGACGCGUUGGUGUGCGUAUUUAAAACAAAUUGACUGCAAAUUGUUGCUCAAACGAAAAUUGUGAAUUGUGAAAAUGUAAUCUUUGUAACCUUUUUAAGUAUCUUGUGCAAAUUCAAAGAGUUGUUAUUGCUUUAGUGGGCAUCGAAGUAGCAAAAGGCGGUAUAAGCAAAGAAAAAAUAAACUGCCGGUAAACAAUACUGACCUUUUCUGCUACUUAGUUUUAAUGAAUACAACUUAUUGGCAGUCUGCUUCAACAUUUCCAAUAACACACGCACACCCCGUACCGUCUACGGUAUAAUGAAUCCGUUAAGCGACAACAUACCACCCGUCAUACGUCCACUCUCACCUGCUUUACAGAAAAUCGCCGGCGAGGAACUGAACGAAGUGCCAAGUCGGGUAGCCGACGAUGUGCUCGCUCUACGCCAAUGGAUACACAAACAACCGCAUUUGUGUGCGCGCACUAACGAUCAAUUUCUUGUUGGCUUUCUGCGCGGCUCUAAGCAUAGUUUGGAGAAGGCGAAACAGAAAAUCGAUCGUUAUUACACGCUGAAGGCAGCCUUGCCGGAGAUAUUCAACGAGCGGCGCCAAGUAGAUGAUCCGUUGGUGUUGGAAAUUGUGCGUUUGGGUGUUAUACUACAGAUAUCGCUGCCCGAGGACUACCCUGGACCCUGCAUCACAAUUAUACGCGCCUGCUCAUAUGACACUACCAAAUAUAAAUUUGCUGAUAUUAUACGCGUCGGCUCGAUGUUUGGCGAAAUUAUGACUAUCGAGGAUGACAACUCCACAGUUAGUGGAUAUAUAGAGGUUAUGGAUAUGAACAAUGUGAGCGGUCAGCAUUUCUUGCAACUAAAACCGGAUCUACUACGUAAAUUCUCGACUUUCGCUGAGGAAGCGAUGCCGUUGCGUCAGCGUGGUACACAUUUUAUUAAUGUGCCAACGCCUUUCGAGAAGGGUUUCAAGACGCUGAGCACAUUCUUUUCAGAGAAAAUGCUGAGCAGGAUUUCCGUCAACUCCAGUCCGGAGGCGUUGUUCGAUUUUGUGCCGCGCGAAUACUUGCCACAGGAAUAUGGCGGCGAAAAUGGUACUAUAGAGGAUAUUAUUGAGCGCAUGGAGGCGAAAUUGCUGCGUUAUCGUGACCACUUUUUGCUUGAGCCGCAAUUCGGCACAAACGAGAAGCUGCGCGAGGGUGCACCCUUCAGUUAUGAGAACUGUUUUGGUCUGGAAGGUUCAUUCCGUAAAUUGGAAGUUGAUUAGUCAAAGCUGCUUUAAUUUAUAAUUACAUAGUAAUUUUUCAAAUGUAUAGACUCAUAUUUGUUUUAAGAAUAUACGUAAAUAUGCAUACCGUUUCGUUC